AUAGUUGCAUGUGAAUUAGGCCUAGCUUCUCAAAAAUAUUUAGAUUCUUCAUACAUGGCGAUCUUAGUUUUAUAUAAAUACUUCUGAGGAUAUCUGUUUAGUGGCAAGAAAGACUACAGAAACUUAUACAUUAGGCAAGACAACGCUCACCUGGUAAAUAUGGGGGCCUCCACGUGAAGCAUUUGAGCUCACAAAGAGAAGUUUGGGCACACUGCAGCAAGGGUGCUUGUUGUGGGCAUUGAGCCCUGGGUUGCAAUGCAUGCAAGGACUGUUCUACAGUGUUUACAGUGUGACCUUUAGAAACAUGUUUUAAAAAGAAGAUUGGAGUCUUUCCUUUUAUCCUUUGGAGGAAUUCAGAGCUUCUCAAAACCAUUGCAUUUAAACUUAUUAAACUUAUUAGACUUAAGAGUCUGCAGUUGUGAGGUAUUACAUCAGAAGUUUUCUGCUAGAAAUAAAUUCUGUAGCGAAUUCCUUACCCUUCUGAAAUCUGUAAAUGUUCUGUUCUUAGCUUUAGUGGGGACAAAUAAUUUUGGUUAUCUCCUCCUAAGCAGUUGCAACGUCUGUUAAGGAAGUAGUGAUCAGUAUUCUGCAUGGCUUCAGAAAUGUAAAAUGUGCAAGUUUUACAGUAAAGAUAGCUGUAUCUAUUGUCCUGUUUCUGUUUUUUGUACUCCUUGUACCCUCUGUGCCUGAGAGCUUUCACCAUACUGCAGCGUGGUGUUUAGCCCUCCCUUCUGCACGGGGAAAUUUGCAGGUGAUUCAUGUCUUCUGAGAUCUAACGUACAAUCAGUCCUUCAGAACUGGGCUGUGCAAGUCAAAGAGUUUUCAUCCUGGCACAGCAUAAGUGUCAAAACUGUAAAUGGAAUGCGAGAUAGAGCUCUUUGGUUCUUGAGAAGACGGUCCAACAGGGAAUGGAACUUGCUGAGGCUUGAUAUGCCUGUUUCAGCUCCAGACUAACUAAAGCCCUCCACACAUAGUCCCGGGUGCUGACAGAGGAGUCUGCUAGAUUCAUCAGUCAGGCUGCAGAUGGAGCAGAAAUCACAAGGCAUUUUGCACCUUGAAUACUCUUUCCCUCUUGUUAGGAUGGACAUUUUCUUACUUGUGCAGGAAGAAAGCCAAAAUAUAUUAGGACAAACUUCUGCUUCAAUAUUUAUUUGAAAUAAGUGGAUAAAAAACAUUAAAGAUAUUGUGUAAUUUAUUUGUUUAGACUCAAUUGAACUUUUGACUAUAGUGCUACUUUGCUGUGACUAAGUCCUAAAGACAAGAGGUUUACAUUUUUCAUUCCUUAUCUUUCUUUGUGCAUUCUUCCUGAAUUUCUCUUGAGCUUCCUGGAGUCUGUGUUAUUGGGUUUUUAUUUAUUCAUUCUUAAAUAUAGUAAUAUUAUCUGGACUAUUGUUUGACAUGUUGCAUUGCUCCCAAAAGAAACAAAUAAAUAAAAAUGUUUUCUUUGCUGUUAAGUCUUAUGCAGGAAAAGGUGGACAAGUGAUGAAUCACUUCAUGAUUCUGGCAGUACUGCUCCCUCUGGGGACGUGCUACACUUCAUACUCACAGCAAGAAUCUGUUGUGUUUCCAGUAACGUACCUUAACAUUUCCAAGGAUUUGGAUCUUCAGCGGCUGCUGGUGGAAUGGGAUGUUGUCAAAUCUGCGCAUGAUGCUGAGCUGGCAAUGUCUUUUGAGAUACAAGUCCGUCGAACUGAUGAAGCUACUACUGUGUGGACAGAGUUUCAUAAUGUCACACUUGAUAAACUGAGAAAGCCUCUUCAUUGGACAUGGGAUUCAGACAUACCUUUGGAAUGUAUGUCACAUGCUGUGAGAAUCAGGAGCAAGGCAGAAGCAUCGAAAAUCUGGAGUAACUGGAGUUUGUGGGAGACUGUCCCUGGCCUGGACAAUUCAAAUAGAAGUGGGCCACAAAUCUUUCCAAAAGAAAAAUUUUUAGCAGAAGGCUCUGAUAUCACUCUCUGCUGCAUAGGAGGGAAAGGUCAAACCAUUAAGGAAUUCUCUGUAUACCCAACUGUUGAUGUUUUGAAGCGCACAAACAGUCAAGUCAGACUUCUCACCGUGGAAAAUCUGUCACAUGACAAAGGGUCUAACAUUCAUUUCUACUGUUAUGAUGAAGAUGGGCAGCUACAUCAAGCAGCUUUCUUUGUGGGUAAACCACCUGAUACACCUAAAGAUUUUUCCUGCCAUACUCAAGACAUGAAAAGAGUAACAUGUACUUGGAGAGAAGCAGAGACCUAUUUCUAUGGACGGAAUUCACCACGAUACACCUUAUCUAAAACGUCAUCCCCGAAAAUUGCUCUGUGCAAAGCCAGUUGUUCUAAGCAGUGCUCAUGCUCCUGGGAUAUAGGCCACCAGCGGAUCUGGAAUGUCACAGUGACUGUGGAAAACCCACUGGGAAAGAAAACUGCCACACAUGUUUUUGAUGUAAAUCACAGAAUGUAUCCCACUGCACCUUUUCAGGUUUGGGAAGAUUGCACAGACACAGAAAUUACAUUACAUUGGAAUUAUGAAAACAAUGGAAUUGAACUCUUUUGUCAGACUGAAGUGCUCCAACCUGAUGGCAAAGUAGAACUGCACAACAGCUCCGUGGCGGACUCCCGGCGCGUCACGGUGCGCGGGCUGCAGCCCUACACGGAGUACAGAGCCAGGGUGCGCUGCGGGGCGGCCAAGCACUUCUGGAGGUGGAGUGAGUGGAGCCAGCCCCUGAUCGCCAGAACUAAGGAAGGAACUCCAUCAGGGAAACUGGACAUAUGGAGAGAAAUCACACCAGCUCUGGGGGGACGAACUGUGACCUUGUUCUGGAAGCAAACACCAAGUUUUCAAGCAAAUGGAAAAAUUAUUUCAUAUGAAGUAACCUGGAAAAAAAUAGAAGAUGGCUCCAAGCCUGAAAGCAUCUCCUUUUCUUCAGUCUACAAUAGCACAAGGAUUUUCAUUGAUAACCAUUCCUACAGAAUCAGUAUCAUGGCAAAGAACAAUGCUAAUUUUUCACUUCCUUCAGUAUUGAUCAUCUCUAGAGCUACAAAUAACAGCACUGAAGAGCUUAAGGAAGGACAGGUUAAUGGUACAGAUGAUGGCAUUUUUAUCUCCUGGGAGCCCAGAAGUAUAUAUGACAGUUACAUUAUUGAUUGGUGUAACUUUCCCAGGUUGCAGCCUUGUGAUUUGCAGUGGAAGAGAUUUGCACCCAACACUUCCAGUGCUGUGAUCAGCUCAGUUGCUUUUGUUCCGGGGGUGAGAUACAAAUUCUGCAUCUAUGGAUCUGUUGCUAAUAGAGCCUCCUUACUGGAAAAGAAGAUUGGUUAUCUCAGGGAGCUGCCUCCUCGUCUUGACCCUAUUGUGAGAAAAGUUGACCUGACUUACAAUUCAGUAACACUGUCCUGGGAUUCUUAUCUCACAAAUGAGUCAGAGCCUGGUUUUGUAAGAGGCUUCCAUGUUUAUGUGUCACCUGUACAAGGGAACUGCAAUUUGAAAGGAUCAAAAAAGCACAUUCUUUCAGAUGAAUCAGAGCUGUGUAAAUACACAAUUGAAAACCCAGAAGAAAAGAGAUACACCGUGAAACACCUGAUGCCAAACACAAAAUACAAAGUAGUGGUUAAAGCAUUUACAGGUGGAGGAGAGACUCCCAUUACUGACUUUAGAUACAUAGAUACACCAUAUAACUCAAACAUCCUGUACUUUGUAUUCCUGGUAGUGAUAGUCCCAACCGUAGUAGCAGCUAUAUGUCACUGGAAGAUGAAGUGGGUGAAAGAGUGCUGCUGUCCUGCAAUACCUAGUCCUAACAAGAGCAAAGUGCUGUCAUUCAAAGAGUUUAAGAUUGAUUCUGAGAAAGUGAUGAAGAUCAAUGACUGUCUUCCUGAUGUGCUAGCCACGGACAGUGAUGCUGAAGUUCAGAAAUUGCGUCCCGUUACCUGGAGCUCGUUAUCAUCAACAUCAACUGAAGAUAAGAUUGAUGGUCACAGUUCUUCCUGGAUUUACCCUAGUGAAAAUGUAGUGAGAGACUUUCCACCCACACCUACACAUCAGACUCAUACUUGUUUUGAGAAUUUUGCUUAUUCUUCUCCACUUGAAGCUGAAUCUGAUCCCUACCAUAUACCAGAGACACUGGAAGCAGGCAGGACAAAUCAGGCAGUGAUGCUGUACCAGCCACAAUGCUAUUUAGAUAUUUUUCAUGAGGAUGCAGCCUCAACUACCAGAGAAAUAGCUGAGAGAAAGAACAGUCUGAGAUACAUCUCACAAACAGACGUACACUGCCUGGGUGAGAGGCUUUGAUGUUCUGUCCUCCAGUGGGUCCAUCCAGUGUUUGCCUACACACUAUAAAUGAGAAUUUCUAAAACCACAGCUUCUUUUGAUUAGAGUUCUCACAAGCCCAGCUGCCUGACUUCCAUUAAUAUGGCAAAGCUGUUGUUUUGAGUACUGAUUUACACAGGAAUUAUGUGUGUUACAGUUCCACUACAACUAACAGGCAUUAGGUGACAUUUAAGGGCUGGUAUGUGGCCUGUAUUAUGCAGAAUACAUCACAGCAAUCUGUCACAGGCUGAUGCAGAGAACUCCUUUUUUUUGCAGAGAUUAAAACUGUUCAUAAAGUAGAGGAGCAAAUGAAACAAGGGGGAAGGUUGUGCUGCUCAAGGAGUGUAUUUCUCUUGCAGUGUUCUGUGUACUCUGGCCACCCCAGCCAAUGGGUACUGUGCUACUGCUCAUGGAGCAUUACCCAGCCCAGUCAUUUUGGGGCUGGCUUAUUUUUUCUCUCUCAAACAAUGUAAGGAAUCAUCAUAGAAGGAUGAUGCACACCUGCACACAGUGCAGCUCAUUCCUAGAAGAUUCUAAGGAACUUUUGACUUCCCCAGGAGUGCUGCCCAGAGCACCCAAAUGCAGUGAUCAUCAUUCUUUUACUUUACCUGUGUCCCAACUACACUUGAUGUGUUAAAGAGCAUAGAAAACAGUUUUUUUUAUAGGUAAGACCCUGUUUCCAUUUCUUCUAACUGGGCCUCCUCACACUUAUGCCUUCUCUGCCUAAAGACCCUUUAAAAUCAUCUGAACUAUACAUUGAAGAGACGUAGGGAGUUAGGUGGAGUUAAUUUUCCAGAGGUGGUACCACAUGGCUUGGUCUCUCUGCCUGUGCACAUGAACUGAACUUUUGGCAUUGACCCCUGUACUUCUAUAGCAAGCCCCAACCUGCUAACCAACCAAAUAACCAACCAAUCAACCAGACAGACUGGUCAUAACCACAGGUAUAUGAAUCCCAUUUGUGAAGAUCAUAUUCAGGCUGCAUACAUCUAGAUCUCUCAACACUAGUUUUGUAUGUGUUAAAAAAACAAAACUAAAGAAAUAUUUAUUGUAACUCUCAGAAUCCCUACAGUAGGCAACAGUGAAUUUGGCCUUUCAUUUUGAAAUCGUACAGUUGUAAUGAAGCAGUACAGUUGUAAUUGUAGCUGAAAGUCUCAUCAAAUUUGCCUCAGUGCACAAGGAAUCCUUUGGUUUUGCCUCCUUAUGCUGUUUGGAAUCCGUCGCAAAGAGAUGGUUUCAACUUAAGAGCACAGCAUAAGUGAUUCUCAAAGGUGAAACAGAGAAAGUGUAUCUGACAAUUUUAUGUUCAGCUAGUUUGCGAAAAUGCAGUUACUUGCCUUCCCUGUGUUUCACUAGCUAAUCACACUCCUAGAAAUCAAGCAGCUGCAGACAAAGUGAGUUCUGAUACUAAACCACAUCUAGUUGUAUUCUGUUGCUUACAGAUACUGUUGUAAUGUCACAAGCUGUGUUGCAACAGGAAAACCAGUAAGGCCUUGCACAGCCUGUGGGCCGAGACAAGCACUGACUGCAAACAGAGGGAGAAGUCUUCAGCGAGGAAAAGGGGAGGAACAAAGAUACAGACACAGAGAUGGGCAGACGUGAUUCAGGUGUUCAGUCACACCAUGUCAUGUCCGUCUGUGUGCUGUGCACAGGUGCAGGUGGCUCACAGACUUGAGAAGCAGAGUUUGCACAUGGUCCUUCCUUUCAGCCUCCAGCCAGCCGAGUAAGGAAACACAGUGGGUCACCUUCUGCUGAAGGACAAGGGAACAGGGAGGGUAAAGGACAAGGCUGAACCUAUUUGACAGAUACAUCCCAGGGAAACUUCCUCCCUUUAUCUUAACCUCUUCUUCGAGUAACAAUGCAUGUGAAAGCUUGAUACCACAAUAUCUUUACAGCUUGGAACAUUUGCUUCUCCAGAGUGCUUCAUCACGUUAUAUGUAUUUGUGUAGCUUAAAAGCUUUACUGCUGGAAAAAACGCCAGUAAACAUAAGGGAGCUGCUUUGUCACAACCAAUACAAAACUUCUGAGCUCUGCAUUUCAGAAAAAAGGUGUAUUUAUUCUAAAAUGUUGAAACGGUAUCCUAAAUCAAGAGCUAUGUACUAAGGAAUUCAGAGGAAGAUAGAGGUCUGUCAAAGAAAUCAGAGUAUUGUACAAAAAAGCAUUUUAAAUUUUGACAUUGCUGCAGCUCCUCGUGCCAAGGGGACAGCUGCAACCAGGCACAAGUUCCUGCUUUGAAAAAGCUGCUGUCACUGAGGCCUGGCUGCAGCAAUUCCUCCCAGGAAGUGAUCAAGGUGUUUGUGGGUUCAGCCACAAAGUUGUGCUUUCCUGAUGGUGGGAUCAGACACCUGGGCCUGACCGAGUUCCCACCUCUCAGUCUCCUGGUCAUUCUGUUCUGAUGAAAUUCCAUUUUCUGUGUGCAGUGACACACUUGACCACAUUCCAGAUUUCUGAGUGAGGGAACGAGAAGCUGGCUCCUCUUUCCCUAUAAACCCUCCUGAUUCCUGGCUCCGAUGGGUGGUGCUUUAUGAAACCUCCUGUGCAUAAAAAGACACAAAUGGAGGGUUCCAGGAAGGAUAAUGCUUCUGUGCCAGUCAAAGGGCACACUCUGGGCACCAGAACUGAAGAUUAGAGAAGGAUUUUGGCAUAUGUGGAGAAGUGUGUAUAAUUUUUAUAUAUUAAAACAUCUGUCUUACAUUAAUGGUUAAAUGAAUUCAAAACUGUAAUCCUUUUUUUUUUGUUCAUAAUGCAACUUUCACAGCUGUUGUUGAAAUGCUAAUACUUAAACCAUCACAUUGUAGAAAAUCAUUCUCAGUAUGUUAAAUU